AUGACCAACGCCAACACACUCAACAGCGACCCCGAUAGGCUCUUCUUUGCCUACUGGGUCCCCAACGUCUCUGGCGGUCUUGUCGUCUCCAAGAUCCCCCAAAACACCGGCUGGGAUCUCAAGUCGAACGUCCGCUAUGCCCGUACCGCCGAGUCCGUCGGCUUCGAGUACGCUCUCACUCAGAUCCGCUUCACUGCCUCGUACAGUGCCGCGUCCCAGCACGAGUCUGUCUCGUUCUCUCAGGCUCUCCUUCACCACACCGAGAAGCUCAAGGUCAUUGCGGCUAUUCUUCCCGGUCCCUGGAACCCUGCUGUCGUUGCCAAGCAAGUGGCCAGCAUUGACAACUACACCGAUGGACGUAUUGCUGUGAACAUUGUUUCGGGAUGGAACAAGAGCGAGUUCCAUUCUAUCGGUGAAUGGUGGCUCGACCAUGCCGAGCGCUAUCGCCGCUCCUACGAGUUCAUGAAGUGUCUCCGCGGGAUCUGGACGGCCCCGGAAGACGAGGGUUUCACCUUCGCCGGCGACUUCUACCGGUUCCGUAACUACAAGCUCAGUCCCAAGCCCGUCGCCAACCCGCACCCGGAGAUCUUCCAGGGCGGCAACUCGGACGACGCCAAGAACAACGGCGCCGAGGUAUCGGACUGGUACUUCAUGAACGGCAUGGACCUGGAGGGAUUCCGCACGCAGAUCGCUGACGUGAAGGAGCGCGCCAAGAAGUUCGGCCGUGAAAACGUGGUCAAGUUCGCCGUCAACGCGUUUGUGAUUGUCCGCGACACCGAGGAGGAGGCCAUCCGCACUCUGCAAGAGAUCCAGGGCAAGGCCGAUGUCGAGGCUGUUGAGGCCUUCAAGAAGGAGGUCCAGAACGCUGGCGCGUCCGCGAGCAACAAGCAGGGCAUGUGGGCGACUAGCACGUUCAAGGACCUUGUUCAGUACAACGAUGGGUUCAAGACCAAGCUGAUCGGCACCAAGGAGCAGGUGGCCGAGCGUAUUGUCUUGCUCAAGAGCUUGGGCGUCAACUUGGUGUUGACCGGCUUCCUCAACUAUGAGGAGGAGGUCGAGGCGUUUGGGAAGAACGUUAUUCCCCUCGUAAGAGAGCUGGAGAAGCAGGGCAGAGGAAAGGAUGAGGCGUUUGAGAUUGAGAGGACUGGUGAUGUUUAUAGGAAGUAA